AUGGCACUCAACGAUUCUUCCCGGUCUGCCUCCAUCUCGUCCUCCACAUCCGGCGCGUCCCUCGACUCCUUUCCGUCCGGGUUUUCCUUCCCUUCGAGCCAGUCCACCACAUGGCUUGUCACCACGACGGCCAUCUUGGUUUCCUUGUUGAUCCUCGAGCAGUCGGUAUAUCGAUAUAAAAAACGCCAUCUGCCUGGUGAUAAAUGGACAAUUCCUAUUAUUGGCAAGUUUGCGGAUUCCAUGAAGCCAUCCAUGGAGGGCUACAUGAAACAAUGGAAUUCUGGCGCCCUUAGUGCUAUCAGCGUCUUUAAUAUCUUCAUUGUGAUGGCAUCAUCGACGGAGUACGCUCGCAAGAUUCUCAACUCGCCUACCUACGCUGAGCCUUGUCUUGUGCACUCGGCAAAACAAGUCCUUCUCCCGAACAACUGGGUAUUUUUGACGGGCAAAGAACACGUUGACUACCGACGAAGUCUUAACGCCUUAUUUACGCGGAAAGCCAUUGGGAUGUAUGUCGCUAUUCAGGAUGUCAUUACUCGACGACAUUUCAAGGGCUGGCUCGCUGAGGCUGCCAAGGAUCCAUCUCCCAAGCCUAUCAUGAUGACCGCUCGUCAUCUUAAUAUGGAUACUUCCCUGCGCGUUUUCUGUGGUAACUAUAUUCCAGAUCAUGCUACUCGGGAAAUCAGCGAAAAAUAUUGGGCCAUCACUUUGGCCCUCGAACUUGUCAACUUCCCCCUCGCACUUCCCGGAACCAAGGUCUACAAAGCCAUCCAGUCCAGGAAGGUGGCCAUGUACUGGCUUGAACUCGCAGCAGCUAGUAGCAAGGCUGCGAUGGCCAAGGGCGGCGAACCUGCUUGUUUGCUUGAUGAAUGGGUCCGCAUCCUACAGGAUCCCAGCUGGAAAGGCAGACGUGACUUUAGCGACCAUGAGAUGGCCAUGGUUGUCUUCUCUUUCCUUUUCGCUUCUCAAGAUGCUAUGAGCAGUGGAUUAAUCUACGGAUUCCAGCACCUUGCCGAUCGUCCGGAUAUUUUAGCAAAGGUCAGAGAGGAGCAGGAGCGUGUUCGUCAAGGAAACUAUGAUGCUCCUCUCACGAUCGAGAUGAUGGAUGAAAUGCCUUACCUCCAAGCCUUCGUCAAGGAAAGCAUGAGAAUCAAGCCUCCGGUUACCAUGGUCCCUUAUAAAACGACUAAAGCUUUCCCUAUUGCUAGUGACUACACCGUGCCUGCAGGCAGCAUGAUCAUCCCGUCAUUUUACAAUGCCCUACAUGACCCAGAAAUUUUCCCCGAUCCCGAUGCCCUCCAGCCUGAACGCUGGCUUGACCCCCAAAGCUCUGCCAAUACCAAUCCAAAGAACUACCUUGUCUUUGGUGCUGGCCCGCAUAAGUGUAUUGGUUUAGAAUAUGCUAUGAUGAACAUUGCGCUUGUGUUGGGGACUGCUGCUGUAAUGUUUGAUUGGGAGCAUGACAUAACGCCCAAGAGCGAACAGGUCGAGAUUAUCGCAACGCUAUUCCCCAAGGACGGUUGCAGACUUAAAUUGACGCCGCGCACAUAUGUAUAA